UUUCUAGAAGAUAAAAAAGAAAGAGACGACAUUAAGAAGACAUUAAGGCUGAAGAAUCGAGCCACAAGAGCAUUUUCCUCCUGUGAGACAGAAACAGUCAGUAAUGUUGAAGCUGGUUUGUCCUCUGCUUCUCCUCUGUUUACUUCCAGCUGUGGUUCCCCUCUUCUGUUACACUUGUGUCUUCCCUGCCAUCUCACCUCUGGACUGCAUCAGAUUUCCUCUCAAGUGUCCACCCGGGCAGCUCUGUCUGUCCAGCAGAGCUGUGGGCAUGAAAGGAGACUUCCAUGUGGUGCUGUAUGAGAAGAGCUGCGUCCUGCCCGCCCUGUGUGGACUCACGGGUGAAAAAUAUGCCAUGGGACUCAACUUCACCUUCACCAAUGAAUGCUGCAACACACACCUGUGCAACGGAGCUGCAACACCUGCUGCCCCCUACUGGACUGGCACAUUACUCACACUCCUUAUUUCAUACUCACUUUGGUGAAUAGAAAAAUAUUAAAGCAAUUUGAAAGAACUAGUUUGUCAUGCAUGCUUUGGAGUUGCCUUUUCUGCCCUCUGAUAGACUGACAUUGUACUCAGUUCCCUUUAAGUAAAUGUGCACUAAUCUGUGCUAAACCAAGGUUCGCUUUAAAACGAGUGUGAGAUGGAAAAAUUUGAUUUUUCUCUGAUUAUUGCUAAAAAAAAAAAAUCUCUAAACACAUAGCUUUCUGGCUGCAGAGCUGUUUUUGGAGGGGAGGGUGUAACCUCUGUUUCCAUUUUUAGUAUUUUUAUACAAACUGAUAAAAUAAACUACCUCUAUCCACUUAUCAGUCAACUUCAUUCACGGACGCCCAAAUCACAAUCAUUGUCUCAUAGGUUUUUACAUUCUAUAUGUAAAUAUGUACACACUGUUUUAUUCACCCUUCAUCCUAAAAUCCUCCAUGAAAAAAGGAAAAACUCCACCAGACAGUGGCAGCAGUAAUUCAACAUAACAGAAUAACAUACUGUAAGUUUGAGUGAAUCCAUUGAGACUGGGAAUGCAACUAACUAUUUCCUCACUGAUUAAUGACCUAAUUAUUUUCUGAAUAAUCAAUUAUUUGUUUAUUCCAUGAAAUGUAAACAAGUAGUGAAAAGUGCCUGUUGAAACUUCCCACAGCCCGAAGGUGUCAUCUUAAAAGUGCUUGAUCUGUCAGUUCAUUUCAUAAAACUAUCACCUGUGACAGAGAAAAGUAGCAAAUGCUCAUAUUUGAGAAGCUAAAACCAGCAAAUGUUUGAAAUUUUUUGCUUGAA